UAUUUAUAUCGUAAUUGUUAAAAGUAAAGUUGUGUAACGAGCAGUACAUGGAAAUUUGAUAAUUUAUGAUUGAUUUAUCAUAACCUUUUAUUUGUCGGAAAAAUGUUGGGAGAAACGGAUUUAGACGAGUUCUUUGCCCAUAUCGAUGAGAUAAGUCAAGAUUCGGCAUGUACAGAUCAAUAUCCUCAGAUCCAGAAGCUCAAAAAUGAGAAUAAUCGAUUAAAAGUAGUUUUAAAUAAUUUGCGGUCAUCGACUCGAGAAGUCUUGGAAAUAGUCAAAAGUGAGCGGCAACAAAAACUAAAUGCCUUUCAGGAACUAGAACGUGCCAAUUUGGAAUUAGAGAAAUUGCGUAGUAGUUAUGAGGAACUAGACAAAUCAAAUGUUAACAAUCAAUUCAAAUAUAGGGAGAGUAUUGAUGAAUUGGAACUAAAGCAUCAUGAUGAGCACGAGAAUCAUAUCGAAUUAGCACAGGAUUAUUUCAGCCUAUUAGAGGAGGUGACGACAUUUUAUAAUUUCGAAAUCAAACGAGAUAGAAAUAAACUCCUUUGUAAAACAUCCAGAUUUCUUGAAGAUGCAUUGGGUGAUUUGUUCGAAAAACCCAAACUUGUGGUCAGAAGGUCAACGCCUAGUGAUGCAAAAUCGACUGCAUCAAAACGAUCGAGAAAUUCAAAAGAAAAGACACAAAGCAUUAAGCGUAGAAAAAUUGAUAUUUGGGAAAUGAAAUCAAUUUCGGAAGCGUCCUCGCCAAUGUCAUUUCAUGAUGAUGUGACCGAAGAAACAACAGCCGAGUCUGAAUACUCAUUUAGAACAUUUUCAAUUGGCAAUGAGACUUCGUUUACUGCUGUGGCUAGCAAUAAAAUUGUUAAAAACUUCCAAUGUAAAUGUCAAGUUUUUACAAGAGAUCCAGACCUUGUUUCUGUUGGAACCAACACAGAUGAUUUGGAGCCUGAACCGUUAAAAAGUUUACCUUCAUUUAGUGACGAAAUUGAGUUCCAUAAUGAUGAGCUUAUAAGUUCCUCUGAUGGAGUUAGCGAAACCAAAGAUUUGCCAGAUAUUCCUAAUAUUGAAGCCAGUCAGUCACUUGAUGACAUUGAGAAUGUUUUUAGUGAUCCAAUAGUGUCAUCUCCGGAAAAGAUUGAAACCAAAUCAAUUGGAACAGAAACAGACAUGCAGGAACCUUUAAAACAAAUGAAGGAUCAAUCGACGUCAAUAGUUGUAGAUAAAUGUAGUAAAUAUACAUCUACAGUACACUCAGUUACUCAUAGAGGCACAAUGACAAACAAAAAAGUCACAAGAAAUGUUGGAAUUCAGUUUCCAGACAUAACAUUUGAGAAAAUCAUGGAGGAAAUGAUGUUUGAAUUACCGAGCUGUAUCAGCCCAAUAACUGAUGAAAUUGAAGAGGAUGUAAAGGCAUCAAAAGAGACACAAACCGAUUUGCAUAAUGUAAAUCGAGAUGUUGAUUAUGUUAUCCAAAUCAAGCCUGAAACUAGUGAUGAUAAGAAGAUGUUAAGCAGUGAAGAAAAGAGUUUUAUAAUUUUAGGUCAAACUGUGUUCAAUCUAUUCAUGAGUAGACUUAGGGAAACAAAUAAAUCCCUAAAUGAUGAUGCAAACACUAGAGCAAGACUCCGUGAGCAAUUAUUGGAUCGAUUUGAUGAGUUUACAUUCGAUGAAUAUUUCAGUCCAACAUUUGUGUCUUCAGAAGUACAAGAAAAUGUUUUACGGAGAGUUUUUGAGGAUGUUCGAGACACAAAAGUUCAGAAAAAGACAAAUUAUGAAGAAAGGCCUGCAAAUUGUGAUGCAGAACUCUUAAAUAUUUCUUUAAGUUCCUCAAGUAAUGAAUCAAUAGCCACAAAAGAUUUGAGAAUACAGGAAUUGUCUAAACAAUUUAAUCUAGUUGAUCCAAUUCCUGAAAUUGAUGACUUGGCUAUUGAGCCUCAAGCUACAUCAAGUGAUAUUUCAAUCAAUGCUCAAUUCAGUAACGAAUCAAUAAAAACAUCAAGUAUGCCUGAAGAUCCAGCACAAAUUGUGGGUACAUUUAGCGAGCUAGAAAUUAGUUCUCAAAGCUCCCAGGAAAUCGAUACAGAGUUUGAGGAUUUAGUGACUAAUCACACUGUUCAAAGUGAAGAUUUAACUAUCAAAAGUACAGAAUCUAUUGCUCAAAACAAGGAACUAGCUGUCAAAAUUGAGGAGCCUAAACAAAAAGCUCUGAUUAAUUCAAAAGAAGCUAUAAAAUCAUUUACUGACUUGGAUGUAAGUCUAGAAAGUUCAGAGGAAGAAGCUUUUGAGGAAUUAGCAAAAAGCUGUGAAUCAGGUACGGAAAUAAAUCAACCAUCAACAUCCAAAACCGAUCCACCAGAUAUAAACAUCGAAAUAGAUUCCAAUAAUGUAGAAAAUGAUCAGGAAUUGAUGGAAAUAAACACAGAUGAGAUACUCGACAAUAUUGAGUCAAUGUGCUCAACACCAAGAUUAAUAUCGCCAAUAGCUGACUUAACUGAUCUCAUUUGGUCCUCAAUAUUUCCUGAAAAAGAAGAUGACAAUGAUAAUGAGUCACUUCCAGUUAGUGAUAAAGUAUUAGAUGGAUAUGAUGUUGAGCACGAGCCAAUUGAGAUUCCAGUAAUUGCCGAGAAUGGUACAGAAAGUCCAUAUCCACCUCCAUCAUUAGCAAUUGUUACAGAAGUACCUUAUGAGCCAAUAGAAAUACCACUUGAUUCUGUUACAAGCCUUAAGAGAAAUUCAGCACAUGGAAAAGUUCUAGAAUUUGAUGCUGGAGUGCGUAUGAAGCUAGUGACAUGGCAACAAAAUCUACAAUUUAAGCAAAGUGAUGAUAAAAGACUGUGUAAGAUCCGAAAGUCAAUCCAUAACUACCUCAAUUCCGAUUGGACAGAUGAAAAUCUUGAAAGGUGUCUUUGUGAGAUAUCCAGUAAGCGUGACCAGCUGUUAGUUGAAGCAAUAUUUGAGACAGUCGAGGACAAUCAAUGGCAGAAAGAAAUAAAUGCUGAAUUUACACCUCCAGCCCCGCCACUUCCAAGAUAUCAGCAGAAAUUAAUUUUAUUAAUUAGUAAAUUAGCAGAAGCGCAUCCAAAAUUACCUCAUCAGCUUGUCAGUGACUUGGAAAUGAAAAUCUUUAAGUGCGAAAACUCAUCAGCGGAACUAGAUUAUUUACGGAAUGUCAGUUAUUAUUAUACAGCAUUAAUUGAUUUAUUUUUCAAUGGAGAUCCGACAAUUGUGUUCUAUUUCAUCAUCAAGUGCAUUUACUUCUAUGGAUUUAAAGCAAUUCCGAUGAUUUUCGUCUUAAUUAAAGCAUUUCCACAGACAUUGCCGAAGAAAAGCGUUUUGCUGAAAAAGUAUAGUUCGAAUAUUGAUUGGGAAAAAAUGUCUGGUCUAGAAAUGUCUAAAAUUCGUCUAGAUAUAGAAUGGAUGGACAGCCUUGAUCUUUGUGUCAUGUAUCUACUUACAAAUAUCCAAAUGUACAGGCGUAAAGGACAAGAAUUUAAAGUUAUUUAUGAGCAUGAAAUUUUUAAUUAUCUGCCUAAAAUGUACGGAUUUCCAUUGACUUUCAUAGCUGCACCAAAAUUACUGGAUGUCCUUAUUAAACGACUCGAGGAUGGAGAACUUAAAAAUUUAUCAAUGAGCUUAAUACUUCUUGGAAAGCGAAUGAAUAAGGACUUUACAGUCAGGAUGUUGCUUAAAGGAAAGUUAAUUCCGUUGCUUAAAAAGUAUGUGGAUGAGUCACUUGCGACUGACAAGCCAGAUCAGAAGAUUAUAGACAAAAUAUGUCUAUUAAUAGAGUCCAUUUCCACAAUUCUGAAGCCAUUGACUGAUGAGAAGGAAAAAUUAUUUAAUGAAGUCUUUCCAAUGACUGUCAACAUCCUCGGAAGAACAAACAAUCAGAAGGUACAGGAAUAUUGCAUAAAGGCAAUAUUAAGGCUUCAGAGGUUUAUAGAAAAUCAUAAAGAAAUUUAUGAAAUAAUUAAGCAACAUUAUGAGGAGCGAAAUUCGUUCAGUGAGAGUCUUAGGUAUGCUAUAUCGACGUUUGUGGCUCGAAAGAAUGAAUCAUACUUUAAGGAAUGACAACAUUUUGAUACCUGUGAUUUUGGAUGAAGGAAUUAAGGCAAAAAUUUAAAUUUGUGUAAAUAAAAAUGAAAAAAUUAAUUAAUUUUAUAAUAG